CUCAGCAAUAAGGUAUCUAGGACACUCAACAUCAUCUCAUGCCUGUUUGCUACCAACUCUUCGCUUCUCUUCCCUUCUCUUGUCACAAAGUCCCUGUCCUCUUCCUGCCUUGAGCCUCCAUCCCAACUUGGCGUCUACCUAAGCCUUCUGUCAUCUCACAUCCUUGCCUUGUCCGCAACAGCUACUCACACCUUCCGGACCGUACUUCUUGGACCCAUCCCCACGAGAUGUUGUUGCGAUUCGAGUCGAGAUGGGGACAAUUUCGUUUGAACGUCGAGCCCAAUCAGCAGUUUUCAUCCCUGACGAGCCAGAUACUUGACCACCUCCCUCCAAACACGGAUGCUGCCACCCUUGUUCUCAGCAAUAAACCAGUCGGAUCCAAGCCAGACCCUGAUCGAGAACGACGGCUUGCUGACCUGCCGGGUGUGGAACUACGGCAAGUUGGACUCAAGUAUAUAUCUGAUAUGAGGCGACAUGAAACUUAGACUGACGGCUUCUGCUAGACAUGGCGACAAGCUCUUCGUUGGAUAUCAGGAAGUUGAGAACUUAGCGAAUGGCCACACCAAUGGCGAUGCCCCCUCUGCUGCUCGACGCCUGAAUGGCACCAUAGCCCUACCCGAGCCCAGCGAACCGAUCGCCGCACCCACCGUCACCUCACCUACCCUCGUACGAAACCCUUGGGAAGUAAUAAAACAGUCUGCCCUGGACGAUCGCCUAGAUAAGCGAGAUGGGAAAAUAUCUCGGCCUAGGGAUGCUAAGAUGUGUCGGCAUGGACCCAAGGGAAUGUGUGACUACUGCCAACCGCUCGAGCCCUACGACAAGAAGUAUCUUGAGGAGAGGAAGAUCAAACAUCUGUCUUUCCACAGCUAUUUGCGCAAGAUCAACUCGGCCACCAACAAACCAGAAUUGAAGAGCUCAUACAUGCCGCCGCUGACGGAACCAUACUACAGAGUGAAGAAGAAUUGUCCUUCAGGACAUCCUCCGUGGCCCGAAGGUAUUUGCACAAAAUGCCAACCUAGUGCGAUCACAUUACAACCACAAGAGUUCCGUAUGGUAGAUCAUGUCGAGUUUGCUUCGGCCGACAUGGUGGACAGACUGAUUGAUUUUUGGCGAAAAUCCGGUUGCCAGCGGCUGGGCUUUUUGUACGGUCGUUAUGAAGAGUACACCGAGGUCCCUUUGGGCGUCAGGGCCAUUGUUGAAGCCAUUUACGAACCACCUCAGAUGAGCGAAGUCGAUGGGUUGACGCUACUGGAGUGGCCCAACGAGGGGGACGUCGACGAAGUGGCACGACUGUGUGGUCUGGAGCGCGUCGGUGUCAUCUUCACAGACUUGAUGAGCCCUGAGGAAGGCGAAGGCCAAGCUGUGUGUAAACGACACGUUGACUCGUACUUCCUCGCGUCGUUGGAAAUCGCCUUUGCCGCACGCUUUCAAGCGCAGUACCCCAUGCCUUCGAAAUGGAGCGAAACCGGCAGAUUUGGCUCCAAGUUCGUGACAUGCGUUGUCACGGGAGAUCAAGAUGAGGCCAUCACCAUUAACGCAUACCAGGCCUCUAAUGCCGCCGUUGAGAUGGUGCGGGCCGACAUUGUCGAACCUUCGGCAGAUCCUUCGGUAAUGCUUGUGCAGUCUGAAGACGAUGAAGGAACCGAAUCCAAGUCACGAUAUAUCCCGGAAGUCUUCUAUCGGCGAAUCAACGAAUAUGGUGCCAAUGUGCAGGAGAAUGCUAAACCCAGUUUCCCAGUGGAAUACCUGUUAGUGUCGCUAACGGCAGGCAUGCCAAUCCAACCCACCCCUUUGUUCCAAAACAACAAGUUCCCCAUUGAGAACCGAGAAGCUGUCGCAGAAGGACAAGAUCCUAGAGACGUCGCCAAGCAGCUUCGUUCGUCGCAGUCGGUGGAUGCAGUUUCGGAUUUCCAUCUGCUGUGCUUCCUUCAUGGUAUGGGCGUGUUCAGCAAGGAUGAAGAACGGUUACUCUGCAACGUUGCAACGAAGCGGGAUCAGGUUGAUGCCAUUCAUCUUACCGACUGCUCAGGAUGGGGAACCUUGAUGGCGAUUCUCGAAUCAUAUGGUGAGCGGCCCUUGAAGCGUCCGUGGCCUUUGGAAACAGAACAAGAUUCUGGCGAUGCUGGCAGCCCAUCAGAAACUCUGGCUAAGCGAUUCAAACAGGCGGCUAGCCUCGAGCGCUAGGUGUCGAGCACCCAGGAGUUCGAACGGCGGUGACCCUUGAAUGAUUUUUUGCAUAGCGACCGGGACCUGAGGUUCUGCCUACAUUGCCCGGGGGAAGGAGCCGUGCGUGGGUAGAGCAACAACGGCUAUUGUGGUAGGGACGUGCGAAGGGUUUGACCAGUGAGCGCCAGAGACAAGGUAUCUGAACCCUAGAUGGUGGGGAGGAUGAGAACUGGGGGGCAGAUGAUUUUGCUGGUGAUCAGUCUCGAUUGAUGCACGGGCGCCGAACAGAGGAAGGAAAUCCAUGUCAGAGCGGGAUCGACAUGGCAAAAAGGCAUUGAUCGACAGAAGCGAGACCUGGAUGAGGCGAUGAAAUGGGCAUAUCAGUGAGAUAGCCCAGUCAAGGAAAGAGUGUAAUUGAUAGUAUACGCCAGAGAGACAGUACUUGGAAUGAUCAAGGCUUGACUGGGCUCCAGAAAGAAAGCAGACGACAUGUUUGGG